AUGCAGUAUCACUGGUGGGGUUUCGGAGUACUCAACGAUUUAAUUCACGGGAGAGAGUGGUCCAUAAGUGGAAAUUUCCCGAGGGUUACCUUUUGUGAUGUGAUAAUCCGCGAAAUUGGCAAUACGAAUCGGAAAACUGUACAAUGUGUUCUAAUGAUAAAUACAUUCAAUGAGAAAAUAUUCCUUGCCUUGUGGUUCUGGUUAAUGGCUUUGGGUCUUUUAACAAUUCUUAAUUUAGUCUACUGGACAGCGAUAACUUUUGUUCCCAGCUAUUCUAGAAACUUCGUAUCUUCUUAUCUGACUUUUCACAGCAUUAAACCAGCAAAAGAGGAACUCGAAUACUUCCUGUGCAAUUCGGCCGGAAAGGAUGCAAUUACAGUGCUGCAUUUGGUGAGUGAUAAUGCUGGUGAAAUGGUCGCAGCUGAUCUGUUUGCAGCACUAUGGUGUAUUAGUCAGGAACAUAAAUGGAACAAUAAAGCGGGCCGCACUACUAUCACUAUCAGAGCAUGUGAAUGA